AACACAAAAAGGCCUCGACGUCCACGGAAGACAACAGUGGUGCAUGAUCGUAGGAUCUUUUCCAUUGUAAAGAAAAAAACCUUCACAACAUCCAGCCAUGUGAAGAACACUCUUCAGGAGUGGCUUUGGAGCGGGAGUCUACAGCUAUGCAAAUCUGUUAGAAGAAGAUGGUCACCACACUGGGGCAUACUUCACGUGUCACAUGUGGGUGGUUAAGAAGAUAAAUCUACAUCUGUCCACUGCUGAUGCACGAUCUACAGCAUGGGCCCUGUUUCAGAAAGCAGGUUCAACAAUCUCUGAGCUGAACCCUGACCUCUGAGUAGAUUAAGUCUGAGAUGGGAAACUCAGAAUUUUCAGUUCCAGAACAGCUGAUCAGAAUGAGGCCUAUUUCGAUCAACUCUGAGUUUGUUUGAAACCUGAUGGAAGUGUGUGAUCAUCAGUGGAGCUCCAAUACUACUCUUCACUAGGGCAACGGGAACAGAUGAAGUUGUCACAGUGCAAUUCUGCGGCCAGAGAUGAAGACUGAACACUGAUCAUGAAGGUCAGAGCUUGCAUAAGAAAGGUGGUCAGCAUGCGCCUCACAAAGUACAGAAUCAUCGUCAUCUUCUUCAUCGUCCUCUCUCAGGCUGUGUUUGGCUUCAUCUUUGUGCUACGUAAGAUGGAUUUCCUGGAGCAUAAAGUGAAACCCACCAUCCCAGCCCCAGACCGUGACAUCAAUCAAGUCUUCUGCACUUUCCAAUCACUGUCCAAGGAAAAAUCUCUGGAGGAACGCCUCCUACUAGACUCCAUUGCUUGGCCUGAAACUCCAGUUCUACUAGAUCCUCUUUCCCUGGAGCAGACCAGUGAUCCUGCACACAGCAAAUUCAUCAUUCUCCCAGGGAGGGGAGGAGGACGUUGGCAUGUAGGGGAUCAGCUGGAGAUUAUGAUUAAAAUGUAUGACUUCCAGGGCCGUCCCAAGAAGUCUGGGGGAGACGUCGUACUCACCCAGCUGCACAACCUGAAGCUUGGUGCAGGUGUGGCUGGACAAGUGGUGGAUCAUCUCAAUGGCUCCUACUCCGCUGUGUUCUCUUUACUCUGGGAAGGAAGCGCACAGGUUGAGGUGACGCUGGUUCACCCUAGUGAGGCUGUCACAGUGCUGCGCAGGCUGACCAGUGAACAGCCAGACAGGGUUUAUUUCCAGAGCCUCUUCCGUUCAGGCUCUCUUUCUGAAACUACUACCUGUAACGUCUGCCUACGUCCAACCCAGCAGCCGCUGUGCAAUUACACUGACCUCCGUACAGGCGAGCCUUGGUUCUGCUACAAGCCAAAGAAUCUCAACUGUGAUGCCAGGAUCAGCCACUCCAUGGGAGGAUUCAAUCAAAACCUCAAAGCCGAGGAAGAGAAGCUCUUUCAAAGUGGUGUCAACAUGAAGGUCUCUAUUCAGGCUUCAGGACCUGCCAAUGUCACAGUGUUGCCAAAAAAGAAAGGUAAACCGGAGGUGAAGAGCAGCAGUGUGAAGUCUGGACCCUCUGGCUAUUACUACCAGGGUGCGUGGCGAGCACUAGGUGGAACCAUGGUCAACCAAUUCAACACCUCGUCUGCCAUCAAUCAGUGUCUGAAAGGCAAGAAGGUCCACCUGUAUGGAGACUCCACCAUCAGACAGUGGUUUGAGCACCUCAACGCAGCACUGCCAGAUCUUAAGGAGUUUAACCUGCACAGUCCAAAGCAAGUUGGACCUUUCAUGGCCUUGGACUAUGCAAACAACAUCUUGGUGACGUAUCGCUGCCACGGUCCUCCUCUCCGUUUUGGCAACGUCCCAGCCACUGAGCUGCGUUACAUUGCCAAUGAACUAGAUGGGUUAACUGGAGGCAGCAACACUGUUGUAGUUAUUGGCAUCUGGUCUCACUUCAGCACUUUCCCCAUGGAGCUCUACAUACAGCGGCUGCAGAGCAUCCGCAGGGCGGUGGUGCGGCUGUUGGUCAGGGCUCCAGGCACACUGGUCGUCAUCCGGACCGCGAACCUCAAAGCUUUGACACUUUAUGAGACGCUGACCAACAGCGACUGGUACUCACUGCAGCGUGACAAGGUGCUCAGAGCCGUGUUCAAAGGACUGAAUGUUCAUCUGGUGGACGCCUGGGAGAUGAGUCUGGCCCACCACCUACCGCACAGCCUCCACCCACAACCUCCCAUUAUUAAGAAUAUGAUUGAUGUUCUCUUGUCCUACAUAUGUCCUCAAAAGGGCGGUUAGAUGUGUGUUUGUUUGGUGAGAGGAAUGGGGAUGCAAAUAUAUAGUCUGAGUUUACACAUUUUUCCAUCAGUAUUCCAUGCACAGCUAAGUGCACUUUUUCUAACCUAUUUACAACCAAGGAAUUUUGAGUGAGCACAAAAGAAACAUAACAGGAUAGUAAUCAGCUACAAGCCAGGUUGGGAUCAGGUAUUUCAAAUAGCUACUACAAAUUACAAUAGGCUGGGACACGCAUCCCUAAAAUGUUUACAUCUAAAGAUAACCUGUGCUCUGCUACCGUGUAUAAUGUGGUGACUGUAGUUCACCAUAGUUUCUUAAAGUGCAAUUGGUGAUAGCGUUGUGAUUAUUCUAAACAAAUAUGUACAAAUAUACUUUUAGCUUCAUGGGAAUGUACAUUUCUAGAUGUAACAACUCACCAUUUCAUCUUGUCAUCCCCCCCCUUUACAGUCUUUACGCUAAGCUAACUGGCUGCUGGAUGCAGAGUGGUAUCGAUCUUCCAAUCAUUCUCUUGGCAAGAGUGAAUAACCCUAUCUCCCAAAAUAUCUCAUGUGUGUGUCUGUGUGUCAGACUCAGUGACCAUACCUUGCAAUUGAAAAAGGGAGGCGUAAAAAGUCCGGGUUACCUAAAGAAUAUAGAGUAUGUGAGCACUGCACGAUAUAUUGCGUGUGUGUAUAUAUAUGUGUGUGUAUACGUGUAAUAUAUACAUAUGAUAUAUCAAUGAUCAGAUGAUUGUGAAUAAAAAUGCAACAAUCAUUCAGCAAAUGAUUAAACAUAUGACAACAAUGUGGAUAAUACACAAGAAAGGACCAUUGACUAUUACAGUUAAAGUAAACAACUCAUUAAAGCUAAAUAAUAUAUUUA